AAAUAUGGGGAAAAUUGAAUGCGCCGCUGUGUCCAUGGAGAGCGGCUGAGGCAUCUGAGCUGCGGCCCGAGACAUCAGGGCGCCGGGCCGGCCAGGAUGUCGGCUUCGUUAGUCCGGGCCACCGUCCGGGCUGUGAGCAAGAGGAAGCUGCAGGCCACCCGGGCCGCCCUCACCCUGACACCUUCAGCAGUAAACAAGAUAAAACAACUUCUUAAAGAUAAGCCUGAACAUGUAGGCGUGAAAGUUGGUGUCCGAACCAGGGGUUGCAAUGGCCUUUCUUAUACUCUAGAAUAUACAAAAACAAAAGGAGAUUCUGAUGAAGAAGUUGUUCAAGAUGGAGUCAGAGUGUUCAUCGAAAAGAACGCACAGCUAACACUUUUAGGAACAGAAAUGGACUAUGUUGAGGACAAGUUAUCCAGUGAGUUUGUGUUCAAUAACCCCAACAUCAAAGGAACAUGUGGCUGUGGAGAAAGCUUUAAUAUUUGACUCCUCAGGACUACUCUGGCUGUAAGCUCCAGGAAAGCUGUGGAAGAAAUCGUGACUGUCACAUGCUUAAGGUUGACAAUGCAUGGCUGCCUUAGGAGGAAAAUAACUAUUUUGAAAAUGAAGCCAGUGUGUUAGA